AUGAUCUUCAGCCCACAGUGCACACGCGACCCCUCAACUAUCACUGCUCUGGUCUCUGCCAACCAGACCGAAGCUGCCGUCCAGCUGUACACGUAUCUCAUCUCGAAGCCGGAAUACUCCACGCCGGAGUCCCGCCAGCGACUCGUCCGGCGACUGCGAGAAGCACUGUUCAAAACUGUGUGUACCAUAGGCGUUGCUCGUCCGCUGGAGGUCAUCUUCGGCCUCUCGCAGAUUGAGAGGCCGGAGGAUAGGGAUUUGUCAUUUUCAAGAGAAAACUGGCAAUCCGGCCCUGAGACGUACGCCCGUGGCAAAGCCUGGCUCGACCGCCUCUAUGGAAAUAAUAUCAACCGCAUCGCAGACGUGCUAGGCUCGCACCAAGACUUUCUCUGGCUUUCCUACCAGAUUUCAUAUGGCCUAUACCUCUCCGACCACUCGAUCAUUAAUGACAUCGAGACCGAGCUUGUUGUUCUCUCCAGCCUGGUGGUGCAAAACAUGAAAAACGAAUCGCACUGGCACCUCAGAGGAAUACGAAGAGUGGGGGUGGCCAUGGAGGAUGUGGAGACCAUCCACCAGUGUAUCGAUCUUGUUGCCGCGUUUGCAAGGGUCAGGGUUGACAGGGUUCCCCGUGUAGCGGAUAUUGAGCAUGAGGUUUAA